UCUAACGAAAUUCUCUCACUCUCUUGAGGUAUAUUUUUUUUAGUCGGUGUGUGUUUGGAAAAGCUACCAGCUGAUGAGGAGAGCCUCCUUGCGUGUCUAGAGUGUGUUUUGGUGAUUGAGAGCCAGCACAUUUCAUAAAGCCGCCACUAUUUUCUCGGGUCUCGGGAUUUAGGUUUGAAUCGACACUGCUGUGCUGAUGGUGGUGAUGGUGAUGACGUGUGAUUGAACGAGGGAAGGGGGUGGCAGCGGUGGAGGAUAGUAGAAAAAUAACACACUAGAAUGAACCAAUUUUUCCGUGGAAAUUGAGUGAAGUAUCGUGCGGUGCGCGCUCAGGGUCGCAUUGGAUAGAGACCUUUUCUACUGUGCCGGUCUUCUCGGAAGUGCCGGAAGACGUGCCGUUGCUUGUCCGAAACGUUUUUGUGCAAUGCUAACCAGUGAGGAAGAAUGCUGAAGAGAAGAGCGGCUAUUGAUUUCUGAACCUCGUUCGUUAGAAGAUUUGAUACUUUUUGUGUGUGCAUAGCCGGAGUCGGGGGAUUUGAAAGAGCGGUUCGUUGGGAUUUUGAUGGCAGAAAUCUGUGGGGUUCGUUAGUCGGUCGAAAGGAAAAUUUGACACGAGGUGAAGCAAGGUGGAAAAUUAUCAAAUUAACAGCCGCCUGGAGCUGUGUGCCAGUAGUGUUUGGGGAGGAAGUGAGCGAAUUUCUUACUGGAUUUUCGGUGUAACUUUGACACCCUCGCGGAAAGUUUGCUAACUUCCACCAACGACGUCCUAUUUCGUCAGUUUACUUACGGUGAUAAUCCACAUAAAUUCUGAUUACGUGCGGGGCCUUCCCGUUGUGUUUGAAUAGAGCUUGGCUAUCCCCGUUGUACAUAUUUACCAUCCCAACGGUGGACGGGAAGAAGAUCGACGAGUGAAUGUGUAUGUGAAGUGUGAGUGCUUUUCCUCAGCCCAGACGGAAAAGGUGAAGUUUUCUGUUCUCGUACCCCGAUUCUUCCGUUCUGUGUUUGUAAUCUCAUAAAAUUGUAAUAACGAGAAAAUGAAAUUUACACGUUCCAGCGCCACCAUUACGUAUGGGGCAGGAAGAAUAACGAUGAAAUAGAAUUACUACCAAAUGUGAUAUAGAAGCAGAUGAUUAAUGUGCAUAUCGUUUCACCCGGCUCAGAACAAGCAUCCUUCGGCAAGCGCAGAUCUGGCGAGUAAUUUCGUCCCCGUUCCAGUUAGCAAAAGGAUACGAACGAAUCAAUUUGACAUCCCGUGAAUCCAGUGCCCCAGAAAAACAGCUUCACACCAUAGACGCUAGCAGCCUUGGUUCAGGAACCCAUCCAGUCUUGUUGCUUUGAAGUGUGUAUACACCCGUUCGUUCACGCUCGCUUCUGGAGAAGAAAAUUGCCGGCAGCUGCUGCUUAAGAAAUACCGCUUUUCCAACGCAAACGAGCUGAGACAUAACACUGCCUGUGGAGGGAGCUCCUGUUGCUCUAAAAAACACCAAGGAAAAAAAAACGCGAGUAUACACGUAAUGGUAACAGUGCUGUAAUUAAAGCUAAGCCCGGUUUCCUUUUGAAAGUCGGUCGAGAUUUUGAAGACUUGGUUCCGUUUCAUCGUCACCGGUUUGGAAAUCGGACUAACGCGCGCGAGCUCGUAUUCAUAAAAAAAAGGAAGCUUGGUCCAGGAGAAAUAGGAUUGCGAUAAUAAGGGGCUCACAUUGCAAAUGGAAGCUCCGUGGAAGUUGGACGAAAAAACACGCCCGAAAGCAUCCGUUCGUCGCUGAGAUCGGAUUAGAGUGGGGGGAACGGUUUCUUGUGAGACUAAAUUUCGGAAAUAACGGUCGCAUUAAAGUCCAAGGCGCAGUGUUCAAACAGACGUAGAAGGAGUUUUGAACAUUUUCCUUCCCGAUUAUCUUUCUUGGGUGCUUGGGAGAAGUGGCACUUCUAUUUCGGCUUCUGCGUUUCUGUGGAAGACGGACGAAGAGUUUGCAGUGUAAAAAUUCGAAUUCGGUGAAUUAAGGCAUUCUGGAGAGUGGUCUGUCAUUGUGGCACAAAGCUCGGCUACGAGUACUGUCGACAGAAAGCGGCAAAAUGUGGAUUUAUACCUUCAUCAGCCUGGCUCUUAGCAGGAUAUUGGAUAUAACGGCCUUCUCCAUCAACACAGAUAAUCAGCUUUUUGGCCCCCACAUAGAUUUAAAUUACGGUAGCUGUACGGUAGGAAAUACGACAUACUUCCACGGUGAAACAUUCAAAUUGGAUUGCCGAACACAAUGCGUUUGUCAGAAUGGAAGGCAUGCAUGUUCGACCCUUUGUCCACACGAAAAUUUGCCACCACCGAACGAUACGGCCAUUUGCGUCGGAGCGAGACUGGUGGAACUUCCGGAUCACUGUUGCCGGGUGUGGCUUUGUGAGCAGCCCACCACCGAUGUGAAUGCAACCUGUUAUAACUCGUCCACAACGCUGUGGUCAUCGUGCUCGCAGAGCUGUGGCAUCGGAAUCUCGACCAGGAACAUAACCACGACACCGGGCUGCCAGCGGCUCAGCACGGUAAGGCUCUGUGAGAACCACAAAUGCAACCGACAGGACAAUAACUACUACAGCGGCAUCGUUAAUGACUACGGUGACGGUGAGGAUCUGGCCGUGGUGGGCGACGGCCGCGAUAUCAGUGGCAGUGGCAGCAGCAGCAGCAGCAAAAAGCACCGUCAGGGCCGCUAUCCUGUUGCUAAUAGUUUGCUGUUGCUAGGCGAGCCGGAACAUCGCAGAAGGAAAGGACACCAGUGCCGGAGCAUUCAACGUACGUCCUCCUCCCGGCUGCGAUUGGGGCCGUGCGUCUCACGGAAGCUGUACCGGCCCAAGACCUGCGGCCACUGUCAGGAUGCAAACAUGUGCUGUGUGCCUUUAAUAACUACCACUAUUCAGGUUGAGCUUCUCUGCCCACUCAACUCGGGCGAUCCGUUUGAGUUCAUCGAACACGGAUACGAUCUGUGGGAUAGUGCAUCGAUCGACCCACUGGACGAGGAGAUGCUGCAGUCCCAUCAGAUUCAGAUCGAGAACAAGUUCAUCGACGUGCAGUGGGUGUUGAAAUGUGAAUGCGGACCAAAAAGCAAAAAUUGUCGUGCGACGCGAAAAGCAACUGACCCUGCGGGAGCAAUCGGCAGCAAUGACACCGUCACCACCGGUGGCAAAGGCCAGAUCGUGGCCGGCAAACACAGGAUCCCACCACUGCCGGUAGCGGCCAUCAAUUCGAUAGAUGACGAGCACGCGAAGGACGAUGACGACGACGACGACGAGAUGGGCUCGUCGUCGCAUAGCAAACAUCAGAAACAGCAUCACCACCACCACCACCAUCAUCAUCAUCAUCAUCAUCACAAACGGCAGUGGAAAACCGACCAGCGUCACAACGAUGGAGGCGAACUUUUGAAACGGGUUCAUCGAACAUAAUAAAUUGGCGAUUCGCACGACACCGGGAUAGGUCUCUCCCCCCACCCGGUCAGUAAUGCAUAGAUAGAGUCACGCACAUGCUUCGGACGAAGGAAGCGGAAAAGGGAGGAAAAGGGUAAUUGUGAGUCUGACCAACAGAAUGAGCUAUACCUACGGUCGAUAUAGGGGGAAUGUUUGUGCGAUACUUCCGAUCUGACGACGUGACGGUUCGGUUGUGAAUGAAAGUUUUGUGCGCGUCCGCCGAGACGACGAUCGAAUUCGAGAAAAUCAGACUUUAUUUGGUGGAAGAUCAUACACACACUAAAUUUGAUUAGUUGUUUUUUUCCGGGAAAAUUGAACCGGUGGUGGCGAGAAGGAUGCAAAACAGAAUACACAUCACUGAAGUGACUUAUAUACUAUACAUACACGCAAACAUCGGCAAUCGUGUCCGUGAUACGGUUAAAUUGGAGCUGGUGAACCGAGGCCACUGUGGAUGGAGAUUGUCGGAAAUUUAUUCAAUACUGCAUGCAAACAGAUGAUUUAUAGCAUAGACGCAUUGAUUUCAAAAUUAUAAAAAUUAUAAAGGUGUGAACUAUUCAGGGAAGAUGGGUCCGACCAAUAGUACUAUGAGCACCUUAAACUUCAGUGAUCGGGUACAUCUUCCCUAAUGUGAUUAUGGGUGAAUCUCACGUCAUUUUGAUCAUAAAAUCAACUUCAUAAUAUUAACAAGGGAUACUUUGUGUUUUAUUAAAACCAUUAUGUAAUUAAACACUUCGGUUUAUGAUAAAUUUCCAUCCACUUUGCAGUGGUUUUCGGUUCACAGCCGUCAUAUGCGAAAUAGCGCAAGUGCUUGUUGUACAUACCAGUAGGAAACUUUUUUUGUACGAUCCGAGUAAAUUUCAGUGCGAGUCAAAAUGCAAGGAAUCCAUAAAACACACACAAAUAAAUAAUAAAAAAAAAUGUAUCGAAAAGUGAUGAAGUGUUUCAGUAGAAAAAUAUUUACAGAUCAGAUGUGAACAAAUGGAAAAGGAUUUUUAAAGCCAACAACUCCACCACGUUCGUACGGGUGUGAUAGAGCGGAAUCGAGGACAAGUGAGAGUAGAACAAACUAGUCAAAAAUUAAAAAAAAAAAAACAACCAUAGAUGAACUUUCACGCUUGAAUUACAAAAAAAAAAGGAUUUAUGAAAUAUUCGCAGCAAAAAAAAAACUCUGAAAUCAGAGCUCCACACAUGGGAACACGCGCAGGACAAAACAUAACUUUUCCAUUUUUCCAGCCAUUGAUCCUCGUUAUAAAACGCACCGCAUGCAAAACAAGUGACAGACAGCUCUCGUGCAACCUACCUGCCACAUAAGAACCCAUCAUAUCGUUUCUGAACCUCAAUAUGUGAAUCUGUAGUGCUGCGAAUAGCAUUUUGUAUUAAGGUAACCUACUGCUGGCUGGGAAUACAACAUACUCGUACUAGUAGUAGGACUCGAAGCGUGGCGCAUUCAGCUCGCAUUGAAUGGUUUCAAUCUCAUAAUACCUACCUAGUCUACCUAGAUUGCCGGUUGCACCUCUUGUUCGGGUGCUCUCUUUCCCAUUUUGUUUAUGUCAUCCGGAGGUGACAUCAGGGCAGAGCCGAUCUAUAGCAAUGAAUGGUUUUAUGUAAAAGUAAACGGAUAUACACAUGCAUUUUCCACAUCCUGGCGGCAAUCAUCCACUCUCCUCAUGGCAGCCAUCAUGAGCAAGAACUUGACUUUAAUAGAAUGAGGAACUGGCCUGCGGACGGUGUGUUUGAAUGAUAGGAAUGUAUGCAUAGUGUUGCAUUUGAAGUUGCAUAUCUAAAUUAGAAAAUUCUGUUUGAUUUUAUUGCAUCAAUAUUUGCUGACAAUUGAUGGUACAUAACAACUACAGUGUUGGAUACAUAUGUUGUCUUUUAUAUUUACACCCUCAAUACUCCUCCUUACUUCACUCAUAGCUUACCACUUUGGAAGUUUCCAUCAGCAGAAAUAAGAUUGUCUCAUUUAUUUAACUUGGCCACAAGGGAUCAAGAGGUCAUAAGAACAAGUUAGUUAACCUGACCAGAG